CACCUGGGAAUCCCAGGCGAUUCGUCUGAUACGCUCUCAUCCAUCUUUCAUGGAGAUCGCGGAGAUUGCUAAAGGGGAAUUCCGGGAUUCCCUGGGCUAUGGGAUUCUCCAGUGCAGUAUUGGGCUGGGCAUUCCGUCGUCUCCUCUCCGGGAAUCGCGUCUCUGUGUUCGACGACGCACACUUCUGCACGAUGAAAUUCGAAUUCGGACUACUGGUGCUGGCGUUCCUGCUUCUCCUCGUGCGGGGGAAGCCGACGGGCGUCCACUCGGCCGCGAGGAGGGGACGCCGGGAGGACCUCGUCCCGGCCGAGUCCGCUCAAUGGGGCUAUGGUUACAAUCUGCCCAACUACUACAAUCAGCCCUACGGCUGGAAUUCCGGUGGAUACGGCUACGACCAAGGAGGAUACGACAGCGACAGCGACGACGACUACUAACUGCCGAGAAGAAAUCCCGCAUUCCUUCUCCCUCCCUCUCUUCCCCCCUCCUCCUCCCUCCCUCAUCCCUUCUUCCUCCUUCUCUUCCCCCCUCCUCCUCCCUACCUUGGUUAAUCCUUUGGGGUGACCAUGAGAUUCCCGGAUGCGGGCAUACGCACACCGCUAUCGUCUUCUUUUUUGUUUAGAUGUCUGCUAAAAACCGUGUGUGUUUCUGAAUAGAGCAUUUCCAAGCGUCUC